UCAUCAUCAGCCAUGUCUCUCAAUUCAGUUGUCAUUCCGCUUCUCGCGCUCAUAUCAACACUGAGUUCAGCCAGCUGCGGCCUGCUGAAUCUGUUCAACACUUCAUCAGACUACAAUUUGGCCUCCGCCAUUGAUACGGCGUUUGCCAAAUCCAGGAACGACAUCGGAUUACUGCUAACAGGAGAUGUUUCAACACCGAUAGAGGAGGAUGUUACAUUCUGGUGCGGAAACCGGCUGUCGCCAGAGUUGAAUCAAACGUUGUUGGACGAUCCCGACGUACACGAGAAGAUCAACUUCACCAAACCAAUCAUGCUGAUCACACAUGGAUGGCUGGAUGACCAUAAGAAGAACUGGAUUCAGAACACAGCCCAGGACGCUAUGGAGAACAUGGACAUCAACGUGUGCGUCGUCGGAUGGGGUAAUCUGGCGAGAUACGUUUACUAUCAGUCUGCUAGGAAGCACACUCUGCUCGUAUCGAAAUACAUGACGGAGUUCAUCAAUUUCCUCAACAAAGAAGGAAUGGCUCUGGAAGAUGUCUCUCUGGCAGGACACAGCUUGGGAGCACAGAUUUGCGGUCAGGUUGGGUACAAUCUCAAAGGAAAACUCGGAGCGAUUUACGGAAUUGAUCCCGCUGGUCCGUUGUUCACGUUCCCUCUGGAUAAUGGUCUGGAAAACAGACUGGACAGCAGUGACGCCAAGUACGUCCAGAUGAUCAUCACUUCACGGGGAACACUCGGUGUACGGAAAGGCGAAGGACACGAAAACUUCUAUCCUAAUGGGGGCGAUGCACCACAACCGAACUGUGUCCUUCCUUUGACGAGCGACGCCGAAAUGGCCGAUCAGAUCGUUUGCAGUCAUUUGCACGCCACUUCGUUGUUCCGGUUUUCGUUGGAUCCAAAGAUGAUCUUCAAGGGGAGGAAGUGCUUCAACUGGAUGUCGUAUUUCUUGAAGUCAUGCUCCCUGAACCCAGCGAAUGUUAUCGGUGUACAUAGUCAGAAGAUUGGUGGCGAUUUUUAUCUCCGAACGUCGGAUGAUUCUCCUUAUGUGUAGAGUAACGAAGAAAAUUGUGAUGUGAAUGUCUUAAAAAUGCGUGUAAUAAAAUUUUUCUUGCUGUUGGAAAAGA